CUCAGAUGAUGAUGGCUGUGACACAGUUGAUCCAGCGUUCUCAAGAGCAGCCACAACCUAGUUUUCAGAAGGAGACACCUAAAGAGACUUUAGUGGAUAAACAUUUGAAGAUAUUUCAGGACAUGCGACCACCACUCUUUACGGGAGCAGGAGAGCCCAUAGAUGCAGAGAAUUGGCUUUUAAGGGUGGAGAAAAUUUUGGAGAGCAUGCACUGUCCAGCAGAUAGAAGGGUGACCCUAGCCACUUUUGCUCUGGAUGGCGAAGCAGAAAGAUGGUGGAGAGGACUGAUGUUAGAAAAGUACAGUGGUCGUGAUGCAUCUCGGAUUCUAUGGGAAGACUUUGUAGAAGUCUUUAGAGACUGGUUUGUGCCUCUUACUGCAAGGAGGCAGAUGCAGGAGCGCUUCAUUAGAUUGGUGCAAGGAGAGAAGACUGUUAUGCAAUAUGAAGCUGAAUUUACCAUGUUGUCUCGAUAUGCACCCCAGAUUAUUCCUAAUACUGAGGAGAAGUGUCAAAGAUUUUUGGCAGGACUUCGUGAUGCUAUCCGUCAGCCACUGAUCCCUCUUAGUUUUGAGGACUAUCCCGCUUUGGUUGGAAAAGCAAGAAAGAUAGAGAUUGACUUUCAG